AUGGGAAAAAUUUCCAUGACAACUCUUGCUCUAUUUGCAAUAAUCUUAUCGAUUUCCGCGGUCGAAAGCAUCAUCGAUCAACGUCCCGAAGCAGUCGAAAAAUGGUUCAACAAACUAGGCCAAAAGAAAGAAAAGAUGACCAAGCUGCAUUUCUUCCUGCAUGAAGCAGCUGCACCAGGGAGUGCUAAUCAGACAGCCUUCCUGGUGGCCGAGUCCAAUAUCUCCUCCACAUCGCCUACGUUAUACGGGCAAGUCUCUGUGAUCGACGACAUUUUGAGAGAAGGGCCUGAGCCUGAUUCUCCAAUUGUAGGCCGAGCACAGGGGCUGAGUGUCUCUUCAGACUUGAGAGAGCCUACUAUAAUAAUGAGCCUCAAUUUCGUGUUUACCACUGGCAAGUACAAUGGAAGCACGCUCAGCAUUAACGCGAGAAAUCCAUUGCUUAGUAAGUAUCGGGAGCUUCCUAUUCUUGGGGGAUCAGGGUACUUUCGGCUUGCCAGAGGACUCAUAACCACGAACACAGCUGUGUUUAACAUAACUUCGCAGGUUACUAUUGCUGAAUACAGGGUCAUUGCUCUUCAUUAUUAG